UGUCUGACGUCUGUUUCCGAAGACGAGUCUUUUUUCUGUAGUUUCAUUUAUGUACUUUUAUCACGUUUGUGCCGCGCUUCAUUAUUUUAACCAUUUUAAUAAUCCCGUUAAGUAAGUGACCGAGAACUGCACACUUUACAUUUCACACAAUUGUGCUCCUUUUAUACGUCUAUUAAAACGCAGUCUUUGAAUGUCAGUGUUAACGUACGUCUUCGUUGCUUCGUAGUAGGUUUUUAUUUCGAUUUCCGUGUCCUUUUCCGCCUUUCUAAUAUUUGGAUAAUAACUUAGUUCGUAAACCUCAUCGAAUUCGUCUCUAUCAGUAAUAACUUUCGCAGUGUUUGUAUCAUCGUACCAUUCAGGAGUGCAGGUAUUCAGUGACAUGACUUCAAGCCCAGAAUUCAACAAAACUAUGACAACUCAGGACACCAAUUCAGUGGAUGGCACAUCAUGAGGACUUCCAACCAGCGUCUGAUUUUAUCUCCCAUUGAUGUCAUGGCGGCACAAAUGCCUGUUCGACCGCACAGCUACAGCAAUUCCAACUCGGAUCCUUUCUCAGCACUGUAUCCUAAAUUCAAGAGUGCUGGCAGUCAGUCGCCAACACAUGAAGAGCGUCCGCAAACUAGAGAAAUUCCAUUGGACAGCAAAUCAAGAACAGGAGACCCAAGAGAUAGAGUGAGAAAGGAUCAAGAUGGUAUUGUUCUGAGUCCUCAGCGCCGCAGCUUCAACACCGGGUGCUUUGUAACUGUCCAGUCUGGUCGUCAGAGCCCUUCAGCGAAACCUCUUGAUAGCCGUGAUGGACCAAGAGAAGUACGCCGUAUUGGGAGUGGACGCAUUCUAACUAGAGGAGAGCCAAUGGGAGUUGCCCAAAACUGGUCAUCUCAGUCUUCAGAAUUUCCAUUCCGUUCAGGUGGACCUGCAAGAGAAUCUGUUGCAUUCGAACGGAGAUUCAAUCGCGAGUUUGAGCGAGACAAAGACCGCAAUUCUCGUAUGCGGGACAAUGAUCGUAUCACUCUUGAUCGCAACAACCGUUACAACAAAUCUGGAAUGAACAACAAUAACAACAAUAAUGAUAAACGGUACAACAGGUGGAAUGAGCCCGAGGAGCCUGAAUGGUUUUCAGGAGGCCCCACAUCUCAGCAUGAUACGAUUGAACUGCAUGGAUUUGAAAAACUGGAUGAUAGUGAUGGAGAUGAUCGGAGACAAAGACCAGGUUCUCGCAGCAAGAAAAUGAGUGAGCCGUCAUCUGAGGGAGGUAACUCCAACGAUGACAAAAGAUCAGAUGGUAGGAAGUCUAUAUCGCCUAUUGAUCAGGAACAGAAAAAAGACAGGGAGUCUCAAGAAUCAAGUGAAGCAGAACGGAAGGAUGAAGGUGGUGAGAAGAAAGAGAAGGACGAUCCAGAGAAAAAAGACACGGACAACAAUGGAGGGAAAAGCAGUGGUGAUUCUUCCGGUUUCAUCAGUGAUUUUGCUGGAACAGACUUCAAUUUUGAUGAUUUUCUCAAAAGCGAUUCCUUACCUCUUUUAUCGAAUGGAACUGACAGGGGAGACGGUGGCGUGAUGGAGUCACGAUUUGCUUCGUGGUUCAAACGAGAUGUUCCUCAAGGCUCUGGCUGUGAUAGUAAUCGAUCCUCUGCUCAUGAUGAAAUGUUCAAUAGUAUGAUCAAUGAUAUAACUGAAAGUAAUGCUCCAAAUCGUCGUAAUUCAUUCUCUCCAGAACCAAGUGGAACAUCAGCUGCCCUCAUGGACAUGCUUCGUACCAGAGAAGGCUCUGGUGAUGCAACCGAAAAGUAUCCAUCUUUGAGAGAUUUAGAAGUAACUGGAAAAUUACACAGUGUUGGAGAAUUGGAAUCUCGCUUCCGGCAGCAGCAAGUUGGACCCAAAGAUUCCCUCUCAGGUCGUGGCCAGACUUUGUCAUCAAAGAAAGAAGAAGAAUUGGCAGCAUUUAAAAAAUUGUUAAUCCAAGCAAGCACCGAAUUACCUAAAAGCGCGGCGGAAAGUGCAGAAGAUAAUAUUAUUUUAAAUCAGAUGAUGAGUAAAGCGCACGCUGUGCCCCAAUGCACCAGCACUGGACCGGAAAUGCCAGGUAUGAUGGGAGGAUUCUACCAGCCUGGUAUGCCUCUGCAACCAAACCAAAUGAAUCAACCCAAUGUUCCAAAUGAACUUGUCAUGAAGUUACUCCAAGUUCAACAGCAACAAGUACAACAGCAAGAUACAUUAUCAAAAAUUUUAACCGCUCACCCUGGAAUGCAAGUACUUCCUCCUCCAAUCCAGCAGUUAGUCAAUCAAUUCCAACCCACGCCUGAACUCUUAGCUAGACCAGAAACUCAAAACAUCCUCACUAGUCUGAAGAGAGGUGAACUCAGCUUGCACCAGCUAGCAGAGCAAUUGCGGAAGACCGCAACCUUCCAGUCCAGGCAUAGAGAUAUAUUAGCAACUGUAAUUAAAUUAUAUCAAUCACAAACAGGGGGCAUACCACCUCGCACAAACUCACCUUUGCCCGCUGUUGUGAAUGAGCAAAUGUUGCAUCAGUUGCUAUUGUCUCAGCAACAAAGCCAGCACCAGGCGCAACAGUUACGCAUUCCUUCUCCUCAUGCCAAUGCUUACUGCCCUACUCCUUCACUUUCUCCUAACUUGGUGGCGGCCGCUCCUAACACGCUAACUGUGCAGCAUCCAGGUAUUCAAAGAGUUCCUUCCCCUCGAGAACUUGUUGCUCAUACUCAAAACAUUUUGCAGUCAGCUCUCAUAAAGAAGAAGUUAGAAGAGCAGAAAGAAAAUUUCCGCAAACGGCAAGAAUUACAAAGAUCCCACUCUCCUAAUUUAUCAAAUAGUUCAAUUAAUAGUAGAUUAAUGGAUAACAAUGAAGCCAAAUCCCUUAGGGUUCUAGGAGCUAAUUCACCAACGCCUGCUAACUUAGCGUUUACACCCACCUCUGUCCUACGCAAAAUGACGGCUGGAUCCAACGCUGGUGACAAGGACCCUGCUCUGGACCCAUUGAGCAACCUCUCCUCCAUACCUGGAGAACUCAAACCUGGCCUAGACUCCAAUGCUGGUCCUUUACCAGGAUCACACUGGAAUAACCCCCGACCGGUUGGGCGACCAAUCGUGAAAUCAAGUUCAAUGGUUCCACCACCUACAUUCCAACCAAGCAUACCUCCUCCCUCCAUGAUGAACGAGUAUUUGAUGAAUGUCCCACCACCUCCAUCGCAGUACAAUGUGAUGCCACCCCGUUCUAAAAUGUCACAACCCUCAUCGCAGUACAACAAUGCAAUGAUGAUGGGUCUCAACCGCCCUAGCAACUACCCCUCCAGAGAUAUGAAUUCCUCGAAUCGUGGAAUGCGCUCAACACCUUUCCCCAUGGGCAACUCCCAGAAUAUGUUUGGACAGGACUCGAGCGACAUGCCUGGGGAAAUGUCCUCUUCACAGGUAAACAACCAACUUCUCCGCUGGUUUUCCCCUGAGCUCUUAGCCCAGGCGCGUGCCGGACAGUUACCUAACAUGCCUCCAGUUUCGCCUGCUCAAAAUAUGUUAAGUGUGGAAGAAAUAGAACGACUGCAGCAGCCAGUAAAGAACUAACUCCAGUCCUGCCAAAAUGACCGAAAUCUGGUAGUCUGUUCAUCACCUCUUCUCAGAUUCUGCUUAAGUUUUUCAAAACUCGUAUCCGAUUUUUCCCCCCCUCCUUUUCUUUAAAGAUUAUUUUAAUCGCCGUUUUAUGAUUAUUUGUUAGCAACGUUCUGCCUAACUCAUGACUUGCCCUUGUUAGACUCAGGUUUUACUGUCUUUGUGGUUGUGUUUUAGUCAAGAGUGCAAGAGUGCCUUUUGAAUGGUCGCUUUACUGAUUUUUAAAUUGUUAUUUGAGAACAAGUCCCGUACUGCCUCUUGCGUUUAGGUACUGAUUUUAAUGUUAGGGCAUCUCAAUUAUAAUUCUCAUUCUAAACGCCAGGAUCAUAUUUAUGACCAAAAAUUGGUCUAGCAAAAUUUUGCAGGGCACUCGGAAAGAAAAAAGUAGAUGUGAAAUUGGUCUGGAAAAAUUUUGCAGGGCAUUUGUAAGGAAAAAAAACGAAGUAAUUUCUCCACUUUCCCCUCCUCUUGUUAAAUGUUCAAACUUAGAAUUUUACAAUCAACUUAUUACUUUGGAAGAAUAAUCUUUUCUUUUCUCUAUUUUUGUCUCCUGUUUUCCCCCCCCUUCUCUCUGUAAAUUUUAUGUACAAACAUGUGAAUAAGAAACUAUUAUUUUGUCUGUUCAUCGCAACUGUAUUAUUUAUUUUUCUUUGUCUCAUGCUGUUGAAAAUUUUUGUUUCUGUUUUUUGUACUGAUUGAAUGUCGCCCUUCUUUUCCUAGUCCAUCUCUGAGUACUUUUCAAUGGCUGAACUCCAAAACCAUGCGUCUUCAUUAUGAGGUUUCCAAUUUUCUUCCCUUACAUUUUUUCCUCAGAAAGAAAACAUUUCAGCACCACUGCUUGGGAGCCCUCUCCAAGUGCCCAUGGGAUGAGGAAGAAAAUCAGAGGAAAGAAACGAAGUUAUUUCAUCUAGUAAACCCUCUGAAAAUAAAGAAUGCAAAGGCAUUUUGAAACAUUGCAAUAAGAGCACAUGGUUUUGGAGCUCAGCCAUCGUCUUCUCUUUGUUUUAGUCGUAAGACCAACCUUCCGAACGUUGAUUUAUCUUUAGUCUUUCUCUCAAAGCUUUUUGCUUAAUUUUGAGCAUCCCAAUUCAAAUAGUGCGUACUUUUCAUAGUCUUAACCUUUGACCAUGAAUUUGUUAUUAAAGUAUUGCAAGCAAUUUUCUCACCAGGACGGAAGAAAGUAACUCAGGGCCUUACCUUUGAACUUCCUCGUGAGUCAUUCAAAAUUGAUGGGUUUACUGCAAGAAAUGCCCUUAAGUUACGUGAAAAAGCUCGAUAGGUUAUAAAACUAUCACAAACUAGUGAUCCUCAUUGAAAUAACUGUUUCUUAAAAUUGAAAGGCUGAUGAAGAAAUUUAGUUGAAUUUUCAUUUGUGACUAUUCGGUUUUGAACCUCUAAGUGAUCUGUUUUUAAUUUUUAGCAUUAAGAGUCAUGUUACUUAUUUUGUUUUUUGUCCCAACUUAUUUUCUCAAAUAUAUAUUUGUAAAUCGGUUAACUUAUGUCUUCUCCUUUGAUCAAAUGACUCAACAUUCUUCAAUUUCCUGCACCAUUUUUCAAAUAUCUUGAAACUUUGUUAUAUGUACCAAAUGAGACACGAUGAGGAAUGAAAAACAUGUUCUUUUCGACCGAGGACAAGAAAGUGAAAUCUCAACUGCAUGUUAAGCGUUUACCCAGCCACAUUUUAAGUAACAAUUUUAUACUUUCUCAACAGAAUUUUUAGGUUUUGCUCAAUCUUAUCUGCACUACAGACACUGAAUUUUGGAUUUAAUCCAGUUUUUAAAUGCUUGGUCGACAAUUCAAGCUCGUUACUUGCUUCCAUCACCAUUUUCUUUCAGAGUUGAAUUGAGGCAGAGGCAAAUCUUCAGAAACCAACUACUUAUUAACUACUCAGAAAAAAUCUAAAUUUGUUAACUAGUAGAAUACCAACAGCCGCCCUUAUGUUUCAGUUGUAAGGCAAUAAAAUUGAGAUUAAUUUCGAUAUGACUUUCACAAAUCAUGUUCAAUUGUUUGGUUUUAAUAAGAAUUUUAAAUUUUUUUUCAAAAUGUGACGGUACCGUCUCAUUGAAUCUUUGAAUUUUCUCUAAGUGAAAACUUUAGCCCAGUGACGCACUAUCCUAUUAUUAACGACUAUCUACAUUUUAAAUGAUAACUCCUGGUCGACCAUUACAUUGUUACUUAUUUCUAAUAAAAUUAUUUUUAUUCGAAGACCCAUGUCAGUGUAUGGGGAGGAAAAACGGAGUGGUAAAUUUUUAUUCCUACUAGCCUCCCCCCCCUCCCUCUUAAAUUUCUGAUUUUUAUUGUCUCCUAAAAUAUACCUUUUAGAAGAGUGUAUCUAGAUGGUUUCGAACAAUUUGUGUUAGCCAAUUGUGUGCUUUCCUCUAUUGUAAAUACAAAGCCUCCCUUUCUUCUUUUCCCUUUGUGAAUAGGACUACUCAUUUUAGUUUUAUCUUGAUUUUUGUAAAUACAAAAACAAAAGGUUGUCAUUAAUUGUAAAUAAUCAGUUUUCUAACAAAAAUCUCAAGAAAUCUGUCUUAGUUCUUUUCUCCUUUUUUUUCUAAUUUCUGAAUUGAGAGAAAGAUGAAAUGCGGUAGCAAAUAAAAUGAAAUAUCAACGACCAUGAAUAAGUGAAGGUUGAAAUCAGAGUGGUGUUCGAAAAGUUACUGCAUGAUUGGCAUCUUAUAUUAGCAUUAUCUUGUUAUUAUUUUCAUUGUGUAAGAUAAAAAUAUCAAAAGUGGCUGUGAAAUUACUCCUUAUUACUAUUUAGAAUUUGGAAAAUUAAUAAAAUGUGUUUUUCCUCUCUUA